AUGUUCAAAGAGGUGCACAAUGCUACCAUCAGGUUUCACAAAUGGGAUGAGUACAGAAAGGAGACCAAAAAUAACCAUGGAGACUUGGAAAUAUUUAUGGCAUUUCAUUCUCUGUGUUUUGCUGGCACCUCUUCUUCCUCCUCACCUGUAUCAGAGAGUGCUUCUCAGGCAAGCGAGCAAAUUGCUCCUAUCGGUGUCAGUGGGCACGGCUCUACUGCCCCAAGUAACGCACGCACUGAAGAAACAUCCUCUACUCCUUCUGCGACUGUCACGGAAUCCAGCCUGGGCAUUACAUCCACCAAAGGUGCAUUGUCACCAGUUACCUCUGAACAGAAUACGCAGGAGGGAAUAACAUCUUCCUCUAACCAGACAACUCUGAACGAUGUAACAGCAGCGGACCUCAGCCAUUCCUCACUGCAUUCAACUGCAGAGACACCCAGCACAGAUACCGAGAAGUCGGCUCUUCCAGUGAGCACUGUGAUUCUGGAUAGCAGCACAGUGGCAUCAAGUGCAACAUCCCAUUUCACCACAAAUAUUCCUCCUCAGACAGAGGUUUCUCAAAUCACUGGCACUAGUAAUACUGUUCCAAACACAGUACCCAUGGGCAGCACAAGUAGCGAUACAACUGAUACAGAAUCCAACACCCCACCUGCCUUCACAGACAAAGUCUCCUCUACUGCGUCUGUAGCUUCUGAAUUGGGUGAUAAAAGUACAGCUUUUGUAGGAACCAAUCCAAUCAGUCACCUAAGCACUACAGCAGAGACCCCCGCAGAAAUAUCUUCCAACAGUCCAGCCACAACUGGAUUCUCCAAAGAAACAACUCUGCCUUUGUCAACAACAAGCACAAGGGAUGGCACAGCUACUUUAAACCCCUUAGCAACAGAAUCCAGCACCUCUUCUUCCUCCUCACCUGUAUCAGAGAGUGCUUCUCAGGCAAGCGAGCAAACUGCUCCUAUCGGAGUCAGUGGGCACGGCUCUACUGCCCCAAGUAACGCACGCACUGAAGAAACAUCCUCUACUCCUUCUGCGACUGUCACGGAAUCCAGCCUGGGCAUUACAUCCACCAAAGGUGCAUUGUCACCAGUUACCUCUGAACAGAAUACAUCCACAGUUAUUGUUGCUACAAUUGUAACAGCAGGAGAUACUUCCUCGAAGAAUACAAAGCCCACAGUUAGAAUUACAGCACCUGAAGCUGGCACUGUUUCAUCUAUGACAGAAAAUACAUUACCACAAGGAACUUGCACUUCACUUAUUUUUUCCAUACAACUUGAGAAAGUAACCAGUGAAGUGAUACAAUUGAAUUGGACACCUCAAGGUGGGACAAGAGAUAGCCCUUACACUGUAUAUCUGUUGAGGGAUAACACGGUGAGGAAUAAGAGCACUACGAACAAAACACGGAUAGCAUUUGGAGAUCUGGUUCCUGGUUAUGAAUAUAUAAUAUCUGUGGAAGUUUUAACUUGUGCUAAGAAGAUCAAUACUUCAAAGAGAGUUCGCACAGAAGCUAAAACAUUUGACGGAAAAACCAGGAUUACAAAUGAAAAUUUCAAACCUGAGUAUAACAACAAAUCAAGUGAAGAAUUUAAGGAUUUUGAAAAGAAGUUCAUUGGGGAGAUAAGAAAAAACUUGCCACCUGAGAUGCAAAGGUUACUAGACGAAGGAAAAAUGCGUAUAGUAAUCAACAAUCUUAGAAGUGGCAGCAUAUUUGUGGACUUUAUGAUUGUUUUGGAUGUAGGAGAAAAUGUAACAAAAACAGAGCUCACAGCUGCUUUUACAGAGGCCUUUAACAACAGUACAGAAUUUCAAACGGACCGCAACAGUACACUUAUAGAAGGUAUAGCCUAA